CAGAUGUCUUCCUUGGGGCUACUGUGACAGUGUACAACUAACUGUAAGAUCAAGGCCAAACCUGGUAUUCCUGAGAAAACCUCUCUUUUGGUCUCAGCCCUGGGCAGGCCAAGUCUUCAUGCUGCUGUGGGUAUCACUGCUGGUCCUGGCUCCUGUCAGUGGACAAUUUGCAACUGAACCAAAAUCUGUAAUUUUCCUCCAUUCUCCAUGGACCACUGUCUUCCAAGGAGAGAAUGUGACACUGACUUGCAAAAUAUUUCACUUGGAUGCAUCAGAGAAAAUAAAAUGGUACCGUUGGUAUCUUCUGGAAAAAACACAAAGUGAAACCUCAGGAAACACCCAUGAGGUCCAUGAAUCUGGAGAUUACAGAUGCCAGGCCCAGGACUCACCCCUGAGUAAUCGUGUGGGCUUGCUCUUUUCUCCAGCCAACCUGAUCCUGCAGGCUCCACUUGAUGUGUUUGAAGAAGAAUCUGUAAUUCUGAGAUGCCGAGCAAAGGCAAACACAGUACUGAAAACUAUAAAGCUGUACAAGAAUGAAAAAGUCCUGGAAGAUCACACUGUGGAGAUACCAGUGGGAAUGUUGACUGACUUCCAUAUUCAUCAGGCAAGUCUGAAGGACAACGGCAAAUAUCACUGUACUGGAGUUAAGGAAGAUGAUCAGUUGGUUUCUUCAAACUCGGUCAAAAUCGAAGUCCAAGAGCUGUUUCCACGUCCUGUGCUGAAAGCCAGCUCCACCCAGCCCACUGAAGGAGGAGCAGUGACUCUGACCUGUGAGACCCAGCUCUCUCCACAGAGGCCAGAUGUCCAGCUCCAGUUUCACUUCUUCAGAGACAGAAGGUCCCUGGGGUCAGGCUGGGGAAGUUCUCCAGAAUUCUGGAUCCACACCAUAUGGAGAGAAAACUCAGGGUCUUACUGGUGCCAGGCACAGAGCAUGAAUCCCUCUGUCCAGAAACAGAGCCAGAGAUUACAGAUACAGGUGAAAAAAGUUGUUCCUGACAUCCGUAUAUACCCUCGCCCAGAGUUGGUGUUUGAAGGGCAGGAGCUGGUGCUCAUCUGCUCAGUAAAUGGAGUUCCAGGCCCCAUCACAGUUUCUUGGUACAGAAAAUUCAAGCUGAGGACAGAAAGAAAGCUUCACACUUCCUCAAAAACAGAAUUCAAGAUCCCUGUGGUGCAAAACAGCCAUGAUGGAGAGUAUUAUUGUGUUGCCAGCAAUAGUCGUUCCUCCUUCCGCAGUGACCCAGUGACCAUCAAUGUGAAAGUCCCCGUGUCUCAACCUGUCCUCACCCUCAGCCCUCCUGGGACCUGGACUUUUGUGGGAGAUGAGGUGAGCUUUGACUGUGAAGCUCAGAGAGGUUCUCUGCCCAUCUGGUAUCAGUUUUUUCAUGAAGGUGUUCUGCUCAUGAAGAUAGAAGCUACUUUAUGGAGAACAAUGUCUUAUAGAUUCUUUCUGACUGAAGAGCAUUCUGGGAACUACUACUGCGCAGCUGACAAUGGCCUUGGCCUCCAGAGCAGUGAGACCCUGAGACUCUCUGUCACCAUUCCAGUAUCUCGCCCCAUCCUCACCCUCAGGACUCCCGGGGCCCAGGCUGUGGUGGGGGACAUGGUAGAGCUUCACUGUAAGGCAUGGAGAGGCUCUCCCCCAAUCCUGUACCAGUUUUAUCAUGAGGAUGCCAGCCUGGAGAGCAGCUCAAGCCCCUCUGGAAAGGGAGCUUCCUUCAACCUCCUUCUGACGGCAGAGCAUUCUGGGAACUAUUUCUGUGAGGCCAACAAUGGCCAGGGGUUCCAGCGCAGUAACACAGUGUCACUCAGUGUCAGAGUUCCAGUGUCUCAGCCUGUCCUCACCCUCAGGGCUCCCGGGGCCCAGGCUGUGGUGGGGGACAUGGUAGAGCUUCACUGUGAGGCAUGGAGAGGCUCUCCCCCAAUCCUUUACCAGUUUUAUCAUGAGGAUGCCAGCCUGGAGAGCAGCUCAAGCCCCUCUGGAAAGGGAGCUUCCUUCAACCUCCUUCUGACGGCAGAGCAUUCUGGGAACUAUUUCUGUGAGGCCAACAAUGGCCAGGGGUUCCAGCGCAGUAACACAGUGUCACUCAGUGUCAGAGUUCCAGUGUCUCAGCCUGUCCUCACCCUCAGGGCUCCCGGGGCCCAGGCUGUGGUGGGGGACAUGGUAGAGCUUCACUGUGAGGCAUGGAGAGGCUCUCCCCCAAUCCUGUACCAGUUUUAUCAUGAGGAUGCCAGCCUGGAGAGCAGCUCAAGCCCCUCUGGAAAGGGAGCUUCCUUCAACCUCCUUCUGACGGCAGAGCAUUCUGGGAACUAUUUCUGUGAGGCCAACAAUGGCCAGGGGUUCCAGCGCAGUAACACAGUGUCACUCAGUGUCAGAGUUCCAGUGUCUCAGCCUGUCCUCACCCUCAGGGCUUCCAGGGCCCAGACUGUGGUGGGGGACAUGAUAGAGCUUCACUGUGAGGCCCAGAGAGGCUCUCCCCCGAUCCUGUACCAGUUUUAUCACAAGGAUGUCGCCGUGGGAAACAGCUCAGCUCCCUUGGGAGGGGGAGCAUCCUUCAACCUCUCUCUGACCACAAACCAUUCUGGAAACUACUCCUGUAAGGCCGACAAUGGCCUGGGGGUCCAGCAGAGUGAGGUGAUGCUACUCAGUGUCAUAGUUCCAGUGUCUCGCCCUAUCCUCACCCUCAGGGCCCCCAGGGCCCAGGCUGUGGUGGGGGAUGUGGUGGAGCUUCACUGUGAGGCCCAGAGAGGCUCUCCCCCGAUCCUGUACCAGUUUUAUCACAAGAAUGUCACCCUAGAGAGCAGCAUGUCCCACUAUGGACAAGGAGUGUCCCUCAACCUCUCACUGACUGCAAAUCAUUCUGGAACCUACUCUUGUGAGGCCGACAAUGGCCUGGGUCCCCAGUGCAGUGAGGCAGUGACACUUUCCAUCACAGGGCUGACAGAGAGCAGAAGUGGCCCUGUUGCCACCGGUGUCACCGGGGGGCUGCUCAGCAUGAUGGGUCUCGCUGCCAUAGCACUGUUGUUCUACUGCUGGCUCCCGAGAAAAGCAGGAAGAAAGCCUACAUUUGACUCCUCCAGGAAUCAGUCAGCUUCAGACCCACAAGAGCCCACCUACCACAAUGUACCAAGCUGGAUAGAACUACAACCAGUGUACAGCAAUGUAAAUCCUAACAGAGGAGACGUGGUGUACUCAGAAGUCCGGACCGUGAAGGUGGAGAACAAACAGGCAGCAGCCUCUGACCCAAAGCUUCUCAAGAACACGGAUUCCUGCGUCAUCUACUCCCAGGUGAAGGGGGCUUACACCGCAGCCCCUAAGCCCCAGCUCUUGGCUGCAUCCACUCCUCACAGAUGAGUCCACGCAGCUCCCGACUGCUGUCUCAGCCUCUGCACCCAAAACCACCCUUGGGGGAGAAGGGACAUCAAAGCGGGAAGAUUUAAACCUUGGGUCCUAGACCCAAGGCCACACCCAGCAACCUGUGCAUCAAGUGCCCACACCCUAGUGUG